AAAGCUGAGGUGUUAUUUCGGGCCUGCUCUGAUAGACAUGCGCACAGCACAGCUGAUGGCACAUCUGCACUGACGUCACCCUGUCCUGGACAUACCCCGUCCCUGUGAGGAGAAGCAGCUUCGAGCCAACUGUUGCUGCUGUUUGAUGCACUUUUAUGGGUCCUUCUUCCAAACCUUCCCGAUCCACUCAGAGCCACACGCAUGAAAACAGAGUCCAGAUUAUCAGGAGGACAGAUAGGCUGAAAGCAAACUCUUCUUCUGGAGGAAAUCCAAUCCUCUGAACAUCAGAAUAAGUGAUUUUUUUCUUCUUCUUCAGGCCGAGUCUGGGCUGAGAUACAGCCGCUCUGCUCGGGUGUCCGGGCAGGAGGAGUGGGGGGUGCGGGGAGAAAACACUCGCCGCAGAUCCAGAGGAUGGCAGAGUUCAAAAGGAGAUGAGAAGAGCAGAGUGGAGGAGGUUUGUGUGCGGAACUUAAAAGCUGCCCAAGUUUUUUUUUUUCCAGCUCUGACAUUUUGCACAAGUUGGAGCUGACAGAGGAUGAGUCUGAUAUCUGCUUACUCUCUCCUCCCGGUGCGUUAACAACAACAGGUCGGAGUGCAGAUGGAUUGGUCAGGACAAGUUUCCAGCACAGAGCUUCCAGUUUGGAGGUGCACCUGAGUCUAACGCGUCUGAUGGAUUAUGGACAUGAACCCAGAGGCCGGUGAGAUGUGGAAGAGCUCACCUGCAACACCAAUCUGAGUUCCUGGGCGAUCCUGCGAGAGAUUUUCAGUGUAGAAGAGAAACCCCGGACCUGUUAUGGUGGGCUGUCGGACCAAGGUCGUGCCUUUAACCCGCUUGUAGCCCCCUCCACCCCCCUCAUACUCCAUGCCACAUCUUUCCAUGAAUUAUGGAAAUUUUGUGGAAGACGCUGACUUGGACACUGAGCCUGGUGAUGAUGGCUGCUUCAGAGUUUCAGGGUGCCAACAGACUUCCACACGACUCUCAAGAAGAGUUCCUGUCUUACCUGCAGCACUACCAGCUGACCCUCCCAGUGAGGGUGGAUGAGAACGGAGAGUUCUUGAGCUACACUGUGAAGCACCAACGUUCAGGCCGACGGAGGCGUGGACUGACGGACCCGGUCGUUGGAUCUACGUCAGACCCUCCAGACUCUCAGCUCUUCUACAGACUGUCAGCCUACGGAAAGCACUUUCACUUAAACCUGACACUUAACCCCCACCUGGUGUCAAAACAAUUUGCUGUGGAGUACUGGGGCAAAGAGGGGCCCGAGUGGCGUCACAACGUGGUAGAUAACUGCCACUACGUUGGAUUUUUGCAGAAUCAGCACGGAACAACCAGAGUGGCACUCAGCAACUGCAAGGGCCUGCAUGGUGUAAUAACCACAGAGGAAGACCAGUAUUUAAUAGAGCCUUUAAAGAACACAUCCUCCUCCACCUCCGAUGACUGGAACCUGGAAGGAGCGCAGCAGCAUGUUAUUUAUAAAACGUCUGCCAUUCCCUCACCACAAGAGCGUAGCCAGGAGUUCAGCUGCGGCAUUUCAGACCCCAUUGGAAGCAGUGCACCUUGCCCCUUUAGCACAUCCUCUCCUGCCCCUCAGAACAGCAGCGAGCAGUCCAACAGCACCCACAGGCAGAGGAGGUCCGUCAGCUCGGAGCGCUUCGUGGAAACGCUCGUGGUCGCAGAUAAAAUGAUGGUCGGCUACCACGGUCGCAAAGAUAUCGAGCACUACAUCUUGUCUGUGAUGAAUAUUGUUGCCAAACUUUACCGUGAUGCCAGCCUAGGAAAUGUUGUGAACAUUAUUGUGACCCGGCUGAUUGUUCUCACCGAAGAUCAGCCAAACCUGGAGAUUAAUCAUCAUGCUGACAAGUCUCUGGACAGUUUCUGUAAGUGGCAGAAGUCCAUCCUGUCUCAUCACAACAGUGGAAACAGCAUUCUGGAGAAUGGGAUGGCUCAUCAUGACAACGCUGUCCUAAUCACCCGAUAUGACAUCUGCACCUACAAGAACAAACCCUGUGGUACCCUGGGCCUGGCCUCAGUAGCUGGAAUGUGUGAGCCGGAGAGAAGCUGCAGUAUCAAUGAAGACAUUGGCCUUGGCUCUGCUUUCACCAUUGCACAUGAGAUAGGCCACAAUUUUGGGAUGAACCAUGAUGGGAUUGGGAAUUCCUGUGGCACUAAAGGCCACGAAACAGCCAAGCUGAUGGCCGCUCACAUAACAGCCAACACCAACCCUUUUUCCUGGUCUGCCUGCAGCAAAGACUACAUCACCAGCUUCCUGGACUCAGGUCGGGGAACUUGUCUGGACAACGAACCUAUGAAGCGAGACUUCCUGUACCCAACAAUGGCCCCAGGGCAGUCGUACGAUGCUGACGAGCAGUGUCGCUUCCAGUACGGAACCUCUUCACGCCAGUGCAAGUAUGGGGAAGUGUGUAGAGAGCUCUGGUGCCUUAGCAAAAGCAACCGUUGUGUAACCAACAGCAUUCCAGCUGCAGAGGGGACUCUAUGCCAGACUGGCAGCAUUGAAAAGGGGUGGUGCUACCAGGGUGAGUGUGUGGCAUUUGGGACCUGGCCUCAGAGUGUGGACGGAGGCUGGGGACCGUGGUCGAUGUGGGGGGAGUGCAGCAGGACCUGUGGGGGCGGAGUAUCUUCCUCUGAGAGGCACUGUGACAGCCCAGCCCCAUCUGGAGGAGGCAAGUACUGUCUCGGAGAGCGAAAAAGAUACAGAUCCUGUAACAUUGAUCCUUGCCCUGUGGGAUCCCGGGAUUUCCGAGAGAAGCAGUGUGCCGAUUUUGACAAUUUGCCUUUUCGUGGGAAGUACUACAACUGGAAGCCGUACACUGGUGGUGGUGUUAAGCCCUGUGCUCUGAACUGCUUGGCUGAGGGCUAUAACUUCUACACAGAGCGCUCCCCCGCUGUCAUCGAUGGCACCCAAUGUCAGGCCGACUCUCUGGACAUCUGCAUCAACGGAGAGUGUAAGCACGUGGGCUGCGACAACACUUUGGGCUCAGAUGCUAAAGAAGAUCGAUGCCGUGUUUGUGGAGGAGACGGCAGCACCUGCGAGGCCACAGAGGGACUCUUUAACGACUCUCUACCAAGAGGAGGCUACAUGGAGGUUGUUCAGGUCCCAAAAGGAUCCGUUUACAUUGAGAUUAAAGAAGUUGUGGUGUCAAAGAAUUAUAUUGCUUUAAAAUCUGAACAAGACGAUUAUUACAUCAACGGAGCGUGGACCAUUGAUUGGCCCCGGAAGUUUGACAUAGCAGGGACUUCCUUCCACUACAGGAGACCCUCGGAUGAGCCAGAGACCUUAGAGGCUCUGGGACCUACAACUGAAAACCUGGCUGUCAUGGUUCUCCUUCAAGAGCAAAACCUGGGAAUACGCUACAGAUUCAACGUGCCCAUUCAGCGCACAGGGAGUGGGGACAAUGAGGUGGGCUUCUCCUGGAACCACCUGCCCUGGUCUGAAUGUUCAGCUACCUGUGCUGGUGGUUCCCAAAGGCAGGAGAUGGUGUGUAAGAGGCUGGACGACAACUCUGUGGUGCAAAACAGCUACUGUGACCAGGACGGCAAACCCCCGGAGAACCAGAGAGACUGCAACACUGAGCCAUGUCCUCCAGAGUGGUUUAUUGGUGACUGGUCCGAGUGUGGAAAGACAUGCGAUGGUGGCACGAGGACAAGGACGGUCUUGUGCAUCAGGAAGAUUGGUCCUGCUGAGGAGGAGACACUGGAGGACACCUAUUGUCUAACUCACCGUCCAAUCGAAAGAGAGUCCUGCAAUAAUCAGUCCUGUCCACCAAAGUGGGUCACUCUGGAAUGGUCUGAGUGCACACCUAAAUGUGGCCCCGGCUUCAAGCACCGCAUCGCCUUGUGUAAAAGCAACAACUUGACUAAAACCUUCCCGCCCACCCAUUGCUCAAGCCACAACAAACCUCCAGUCCGAAUCCGCUGCAGUUUGGGACGGUGUCCUCCUCCUCGUUGGAUCCCAGGUGACUGGGGACAGUGUUCAGCUCAGUGUGGUCUGGGUCAGCAGAUGAGGACCGUCACAUGUCUGUCCUACAUCGGACAGCCGUCAAGUGAGUGUGCAGAAUCUCUCCGGCCGGCCACCAUGCAGCAGUGUGAGAGCAAGUGUGAUGCCACCCCCGUCUCCUCUGGUGAUGAAUGCAAAGAUGUAAACAAAGUGGCUUACUGCCCGCUGGUUUUGAAGUUCAAGUUCUGCAGCCGAGCGUACUUCAGGCAGAUGUGCUGCAAGACCUGCCAAGGGCACUGAGCAACAUGUAGCCAAGAGGAGCAAAAGACUGACACAGAGGCAAAGAAGAUGGAGGGAUACGGCACUGAGUGGGUGAAAAGCAGAUAGCCAGGCAGGCGGACUCUUGAGCAGGGAGUAAAGAGUAGAGCCCGGAUGAGAGGAAGAAGGGACUCCCCUGAUCAUCUCCACCCAUCAUCCUGCCCUCCAUCAUGGUGGAAUCGUAACCACUGCUCAGCCCAUACCGCUGACAUAGAGUUCAAUUCUUUUUUUAAUAAAUAUUCACUUCUAUGAAGUGGAACGUGGAAGAUUAAUAGUUGACAAUGUUAUUUUUAUUAUAAUAAUAAUUACUUACAACAUUAUUAGUCUUCCUCUGUGUUUGUUCUGUUGUAAAUCCAAGUGGCUGGACGCAUCGCUCCCACAGGAUGUAGCCAAGUGAUAAAGACAGAGCGCCGCGUCGGGAGCUAAAUGCGUCACACUCUUGUUUUUAGUGCAACUUGAUGGUGCAGUUGGCUAGCAGAAAUUUGGUGCACUUUUUAGCAUAAAUAAUUUACCAACUUACAACUCGACUAUAGCAGACCCCCACCCCUCAGUGUACUGUAUAUUUAUUAUACACUUCAGCAGAAAUAUUGCCCGCAGACGUCUCUGUUAAAUAACAGCCUACUGUUGUGGAAGGGAUUGUAAUUCAAUUCAACUAAUAUUGUGUGACUUCUUGCUGGGAUGAAAUGAUAUUGUAACAUAUGUUAGACCCUUAUAUAUAAUAAGGACUCAUGUAUUAUAAAUGAUGUUAAUCCAAGACUAGAAAACACCACGUUGUUUUCCUGCCCCAAACCAGUGCCUUAGUUCCACAGAAACAAAAGUUCAUGUAAUAUCAGCCAUUGUUCCCAUUUUGAUCAUCAGCUGUUCCCUUGGUACCAUGACACGUUGUCACCAAUCUUCCCAUUUGUAAACUCACUAUUGAGAAGCUAAUAGUCCAUUUGUGAAGGAUUCGGUUUAAAGGAGAAGUUUUGUUGGAGAGUCACAAAGCAGUCACUAGUUCUUAAUCCCCUCACAGUUUAUGGUUGCUUCAUUCAUGCUGGUUAGGUGAUAUUUAAAGGCGUAGUUCAAGGUUCAUGUUGAUCUUUUUACAGAGAACUUGACAGUUCUGAAGCUGGAGCCACAUAACAGCUCAAAUUUGAAGAUAACUCACAAAUAUGAGAUUUAGCACCCCAAAUAUCAGUCAAGAACAAGAAAUAUGAACGAUUUUCAAUACCUUUUUGUUACGUUUGCAUCAAAGUAUUUUGAUCACAUUUUUCCUGGAACUGAAUAAUAUUUGCUCAAGCCAGAAUAUCACAGGAACAGGCUAUAUGCCACGGACACGUCCUGACUUUUUAGCCUGCUGAAUCCUUUCCAAUUCACAGUGACGUUAGUGUCUGCCAUGGCCCCUGUACUCUAUCGUUGCAGGACCUGCCCAAGAUAACAAUCAACAAUAUGUAGACGCGAUAAUCUAGGCCACAUCUAAGACGCCACAAUCAAAUAAAUACAACGUUUUUAAAUUGUAUGUGUUCGCCUACAUUCAUAACUAUUAAGGUGCAUUAAACAGACAAUGUGUAGUUUUUAUGUUUAAUCUCUGGAAAUAUCCAUCGAAAUGUUGUUGAAAACCCAUUAAAUGAUGCCCAGUUGUUUAAAAAUGUUAGCAGUUUUGUGACAUAUAACCAUAAAGAUCAGGUUUAAAACACAUGGGAGCAGGUCUAAGUCUCUGGGUGACGUCCUAUUAAAAGCCAUAUCUCUUUCUAUGGGAGCCUGUGAGGACAAAAUGCAAAAGGUAUCAAAACUGCCGCCGUUAUAAACGUUGUUGUUUUACACUUGUACCUAUUCACUCGUUGCCAGUGAUGAAAGGCAGUCUGAUGUGCUUGUCAUUUUCCUGGAGGUUUUUGACCCUAAUGGCCAUCCGUUGGUAAGGUCUUUCUCAAACACAACAAUACCACUUGCCUGCAGUGAUUUAGACAUGUACUGCCCCCUAUCGCCAGGAAAAAUAUGCAUCGUCACUUUGAGCUUCUGCCUUGAGUCGCUAAACGAUACAUGCUAGCUCUUCAUAACUCACCUCCAGAAUGAACAUAGGCAGACACGUGUAAAUGUAAAAGCUUUGUUGCAUUUGAAUGUGUUGUGUUAUAUGGCCUGGAUUCCCCUCUUGACCGUUAUCCCUGGCAGGUCCUGCAACAAUAGCUUUAAAAAAUGCAAUAGGGAGCCUAAGUCUUCUCUUUUUCCGGUCAGCUCAUGGGUGCAUGGAAGAACGAAACAAUAAAUGCAAGUCAACAGGGCUAAAAGAGCUAUUUUCUAAUCCGCUUUGCCUUAGACCCUGAAUCACACCUACUUCAAUGUAAAUGGAAAAUAAUGAAGUGUGUUUCGACCAUGACUGUUACGUACUUCGAGGUUUGUCAGUUUGUAAAAGUUUGCAAUUAGCAUGACUACAAAUCAGAUGUCGGCACGUCGCAUGUAUGGCAUCACCACAGAAUCUCCUCCCCCCAGCGUAGCUGCUACCUACCACAUGGCCAGAUUAAUGGUGGUGCUUUCCUUCUGAGGGAACAAUUUGAAGUUCACUGAACUUACAGCCUUUUUUUUUCUCCGGUUUUCUCCGUGUCUGGUUUGAUGAUGUCACUUUGGUGAUGCACAUAACUACUAGUCCUGGACGUGUUUUCGCUCAGAACCUAAAGUAACGUUUCCCCUGUUUGAAAAUAUGCUCGUUCUUGGCAUCAAAGUGUGUCUUUAAAAUACACGGACAUCAUAUUUGAAAUCCAUGGCACAUGACAAGCGGGAUUAGAAAAUAAUUUAUACAGUCUCGUUGACUUGGAUUAAUUUUUUCGUUCCUCUGGGAACCCAUGGUCUGGAAGUAGAUGGGUGUGGCUUGGGCUCCCUGUAAAGAUCACAAAUGGUACUGCAACCUGGAAGUGAUUCAGCUGGCUAAAGAGUCAGGAAGCAUCAAAGCAGGAGGAUAAACGCAAUUCCAACACACAGCCCCAGCUGUGACUACAAGAAUGUUUAAACCCCUUUUAGGUUAACUAACUACAUGUACUAUAGAACAGUAAUGUAGUACAGUAACAGAUAUGUGCAAUGACUUCUGGGAUUUAAGCCAGUUUUAGAGUCACAGAAGCUAAACAGAGCUGGAUUUAUUGGUCUGGUUCGAUGAUGUCACUUUGGUGACAUCAUCAUUGAUCAUUCUACUGUUGUUGAACAGCAUCUGUAAGAAGUGUCCUGAAUGUCUUCUAAUGUUCACAAAGGUUCUCUGGUUUCUUCUAUGUUGGAGUUUUUUACUUUCUUGACCAAUAAAUCCAGCUCAGUUUAGCGUCCGUGACUCUAAAACUGGCUUAAAUCCCAGAAGUCAUUGCACAUAUCUGUCACUGUACUACAUUACUGUCUAUAGUGCAUGUAGUUAGUUAACUUAAAAAGGGGUUUAAGCAUCCUUGUAGUCACAGCUGGGGUUGUGUGUUGGACUUCUUUUUGUGUCUUUCUGCGGACCACCAUGACUGUUGUGUGUAUGACACGCCCAAUCCCAAAAACCCAAAUCAAAGUCUAAAAUCAUAGAAUUCAGCUGCAGCGCCAACUAAUGUUUUGAAAUUGCAUCCCAACAACCUGAAACAAUGAAGGGUUAGCAUGUAAACAGCUGUCUAAGUUGACAUCAGAACUCACUCGUUCAGAUUGGUUGGUAUGAUGGCAUUAAACAGACCAUCAAAGGUCGGGAGGUGAGUUUUUCAGUUGGAAGAACUGUUACUGUGAAAGGUUUAGUUAAAAAUACUUUCUUGUGCUUUAUUGUGAUAAUAGAAGAUUUAGACAAGAGUAAACUCUUUCUACCCAACUUCACCUUGUUGUAAGGCAUGAAUGGCCUAACCCUUAUCUGGACUUCAAAUGAGUUACUAGCCAGACAUUUCAUGGAUUUUUGAAGUUCCGAAAUUUCCUUUAAUGUUUUAGAAUAAUUGAAAUUAAUGGGAUAGAAUGAGCUAGCCAAUCAACUGCAUUAAAUAUAUUAUAGUAACUCUAAUUGUCAGAACACAAACUGUGUUGUAAUCCGAGCCUCUCUGUUCUGUAUAAUACAUGCGUGUGAGUUUCUAUAGUGUUGGGCUGGGGAAAAUUUAUAAACUUUAUUUUAUAAAAAAAAAUAUCUCGAUCUGUGGAAAAAAAAGAAGCCUAAAACUUCUGAUAAUUACUCUGGUCUUCUCUUAAUGAAGUAUCGCUAAAGGGCUUCAGAUUAGGCUGUGGUUUUUCAGCUAUUCACAAAUCACAGUAGCCGGUAAGGGAGAUGAAGAAGUUGGUUUAUACUUAACGUCAGUUUGGUUCCUUAUGAUUCCAGUCUCUUAUAUUAAGCUAACGUCUUACUGAAAAAAUCCUAAAACGUUUAGCUGUUUAUGCAUCCCAUGUUCCAAGAUUAAGUGUCCCCAUUCUCUUUUACCGCCCCAUUAUUUUGUCCCUCUGUGGAAAGAACAAAAACAUCCAGCUCGAUGGUGCUUUCCCUCCACUUGUAUUGUGAUUUCCUUGGAGUGCUGUGUUUACUUCCUCAUUUCCUCCCGCUACGCUCCAAGGGUUGUGGCCUUCCCAGGCUUCUGGUGCUAUCGAGUGUGUGCUUCCAUUCAAAACUUCUCCAGUGUGCUGUAAAAGUGGGGCUGGGUCCAAACGAUGUGAAAAUAUAUAUUUGUCGAUAACUCUUAUUGGUAAAUGCUGGUCAUGUUUUUGUUUUGUUUGUGUCUGUUUAUACCUCACACUGGGAACUUUUACUGUCAAAAAGUGUAUUGUUGUUGGUGCAACGGCCAAAAUGAACACUUGAUAGGAUCCUUUCACCCAGGUGACGUUUCUGCUGGUGUAUGUGUGUGUGUGUGCGUGUGUGUGUGUGUGUGUGUGUGUGUGCGUGUGUGUGUGUGUGUGUGUGUGUGUAGGGGUUGUGAAAGGGAACACCUCUGAAACCCUACAUGGAGGUGAAUCUAAGACAACACAGGAGUGUAAAAGGAUCUCAUAGAAGCUGUUAACGUCGAACUCCUAAUUUUGCUGCUGCUACUUUUCGUAGCCACUUUCCGCGUGACGAUGUCAAACAGAUUUUUAUUUGUUCUCUAAUCUACAACAAGACAGCCAGGACACUCGAACUGACUCAUUACUGGCUGAGGGAUGAGGAGCCUUCAGAAACAUUUAGACAGUCUAACUAGUACUUGUUGCUGUGAACUCAGAUGUUUGAAUGUCAAGUUGCUUGUACCUGUACCUGUAGUGCAAGAGGAAUGAAAAGCACCAUGUGAUUAAUUGCAUUUAUUUUAUAUUCAGUAUUAUUGUUGGUAAUCUGUAACAAAUGCUAAUGAUAUGCUAAUUUAUUGCUGUGUCUCACUUGUACUUUAAAUUAACUGCAUGCAAACUGAAACCUAGCAUAGAGAAAACAAUACAGUGAUGCAGCCUAUCACCGACAUCUUUAAAAAGUUAGAUACAAAUAAAAGAGCAGCUUUUACAGAGA